CCGCCAUUGGUUCUGCGCUCUCUCCACCACCAUCUCUCGAACUAUUUUCUGUUUUGUACAUACACCUAUCGACUCCUUGACGUCCUUAACACCCCUUCUUCUUGUUCAACGUCUUCACGAUGAAUAUCUUUGACGAACUCCCGGUCACUCCGGGUAUAUUUACUCAACAAACCUUCUUUCCCUCUCCUCCGCACAAGACACGCGAGCCAUUCAACCACGCCCAGCAAACCUUCUUUGGCCGAUACGACUUGCCUGCCACGAAGGAGAGCAACACCGGAUCCGGUCUCGGCGACUUUCAGGUCUGGAAUGAGGAGGGUGAGAAUAUCGAACGUUCUUCGUCUCCGAACACGCCUGGCGUUGAGUGGACUCGUAUCGGGUAUACUUCUCCUUCUGGUCGUACCCACGGUCUCGACGAACAACUCCUCUCGACAUCCCCUAUCUCCCCCUCCAGCCCAAGCUCAAACUCGACUCGUCGUCUCCAGCGUCCAGCCAAUAUCGCGAGUAUCUACACCGAUGACGUUGACCGCCGUCAUCAAACCACCUCCCCCCGUGCCGCGAUGGCUCGUCAUUACUUGGCCACCACGCUCGAGCAGGCGUCGAUCUCUGACCAUGGUCUUUUGCACACUGCGCAUAACUCGACGGAUUUGUUUGCGUAUCGUACUGUGGAGGCUGGGGGCUCUAAUGCGGUCAGUAUGAGUCCUAGUUUGAGCUCGAAUGGGUAUGAAGGUGGGUUGGGAGGGAAGUGGGGGGCUACGCCGAGUAGGUAUUUGCAAGUUGGGAAUUUGCCGAAGACGGCGGAGUUGUGGGCGUUGAAAGAGAUGUUUGAGUCGCUUGGUUCACUUCAGGGUAUCGUCGUGAAAGACUUGCGUGUUGAUGGUACUAUCAUCGCUGCCUUCCACGACUUGAGGGACGCUAUCAGUACCUUGAAGAGGCUCCGUCACCAACGCUACUUCAACGAUCGUCGUCUCGACGCGAGGUUCUGCUCCAGGGCCGCUGUUGUCGCUCUCACCCACCAAGACUCAGAAAUGCCUCUCAUCUCCGAGAACGAAGGUGAAAUCACCAUCUCGGCCUUCCAUCACGACGACAAGGAGAUCCCUGUGAAGUUGUUGCAGGACAUCUUGUCCAACUAUGGUGAUCUACGAUCGUUCAGGUCUGCUGGAGCGGGCCGUGGGCAAGUUUUUAUUUGUGAGUAUUUUGAUUGUAGGGAUGCAGAGGAAGCAUUGAAGGCGUUGCACGAUCGCGUCGUUGAGGGCUUCUUCCUCAGUGUUGUUUACCAUGAAGGCGACGAUGUCAGCAGUUGGAGAGCCGUUUCGAAUGUCUUACGCCGCACGCAGGACGAAGGCAAGAUAUUCGAGCCCCAGCCUCGUCGUGGGAGUCAUCCCCACCUCAGCGGUUUCGAGAGUUGGUGUGAGCAGCGUCAACCUCGUUCACCGCUCUCUCCUCUCCAUCCUUCUGCUGAUUACCUUGAGGUCCGCCGCGGUUCGACUGGUACUCUUCCGUCUCAGCCUCGCAGACUCAACCGCGUUCGCAGCAAGCUUAUGAUGGAGGUGGAGCCUUUGUCGCCUCGCAGUAUCGGGCCUGAGCGUCGUGUUCCUCUUUCGCCCUAUGCUUCAUCGUUCGAACCAUCCAGUCCCGCGCUCAUUCCCGGACGCUGGCGUCGUGAGCGUGAGCGUGAGCGUAGCAUCGGUUCUGGUAUCGGUACGCCGUUGAGCGAGCGUUUUGAGGCCACAGACUUCUUCGUUCAUGGGUCUCCGCAGAGCCGUCAUUAUCUGGAUGAUGAGGGUAUCUCACCGACAACCACACGUUUCCGCGGCUCUCUUCGUGCUGCGGAUAUGGCUCGCUCUGUUACUUAUGACGGCGCCGCGAUUGGGUACGGUCAGAGCUAUGACGAUGUCCCAAUGCCGAGUCCACUUAUGUCGCCUGGCAUUGAUUCAGGCUUUGGUCAACCGUUUCAUGAGAAGAACAAGGUCAAUCUCGACAGGAUUGCGAACGGAGCGGAUAUGCGCACGACGAUUAUGAUCAAGAACGUUCCGAACAAGUAUACCUCCACUAUGUUGCAAGAGUAUAUCAACGACUCUUUCUCCUUCAAAGGCGCGUACGACUUCUUGUACCUUCGUAUGGACUUUCAGAACAGAUGCAACGUUGGCUAUGCGUUCGUCAACUUCACCGACCCCAUGCACAUCCUUCACUUUGCGGAACAUCGCCUGGGAACCAAGUGGAACCGCUUUCACUCCGAGAAGCGCUGCGAGAUCACUUACGCAAACAUCCAAGGGAAGGACUGUCUCGUCGAGAAGUUCAGGAACUCGUCUGUCAUGGAUCACAUCGAAGAAUACCGUCCCAAGCUCUUCCACGUCUCGGGUCAUUUGGCAGGCCAGGAACAGGAAUUCCCAAUGUCGAACAACAUGAAGAGGAAGAUGAGGUCUGUUGCGAGUGCAGCGCAGGUUGGGCUCUAUCCCCCGGCGUCUGGCAAGGAGACCUGGAGAAACCGUGAUGUUGACUACUGAGGAAAUAUUAAUAUAGGAAGUGAGGUGUUGGGCUAUAAUAUGGGUGGGAGUAUAUUUUGCAUCUUGGAGCGAGUUUUGAUGUUUUGCUAGAUACCAUGAAUCCCUGAGAACGGCCCGGGAUCAUGACGAUACCCUUCAUCUGUCUCUCGUUUAAUAUUGAAGGUUUCUUUUCUUGCAGAAGCUACCUUCGUGGUUACGGUCUUGUCUUGAGCUGAACUGUCUGAUUUGCGUCGCGAAAUUCGUACCUCCG